AUGAUGCAAUAAGAUGACUCAAUAUUUGAAAGUGGAGUAGAGAAUUUACAAAAGUUUUAAAAAUUCUUUGCCACCAUUAUUACUGCUUCCUGUUUAUUUAAUGAUGCAAUCGUUUUUAUUCUACUAAGAGGACUCAACUGCUUAGAUUAUUUUAUUGUUUACUGUUCUAUAUACAUAAUUGACAAAUUGCUCUUUAUUUAUUUCGAGAAACCUAAUUUAACUUUGCUUUUAUCUGAAAUGUUAGAUUUGGGAUUAUUUUUUAGAUAUAAAAAGAAUGUCAUUAUAAAAAUGGUAGUAAGAGUUAUUCUUAUGCAGUACAUUCAAAUCUGCUUAGUGCUAUCUCGAGAUGAUUAUUAUAGAAAGUCUGAUUUACCAAUUUAAAUUUGUCUUCUGGUUUCUUUUUUCGUUCACCUCAUCAUUAUCACUGCUCGAAUAAAUGUAAUAUUUUUUAUAGAAGACUUUGGAAAUGAAAAUAACUACACAGAAGUCUAUACAAUCGAUAUGCAAGAUCAAAAUUAAAAUAACAUUCAAAAUAUUUAACAAAAUAUGAUAUAAUAGAAUUAGCAUUAAGAGAUGAAUACAAAUAAUUAAGUUAUAAAUGAUUAUUAAUAAUUGAAUGUGGUUGAAUCGACGUCAUCAUUAUCCUCUAACGUCACUCCUUUAUUAAAAAAGAGUAAUAAAACGACCAAAACAUCUACCUGUUUUAAAUUUAAAUUAUAUAUGCCUUCUUUUAGGUCAGCUGUUUCCUUUGUUGGAAGAUUAUCUUAUUAAUUAUGUUUUCAACUUCUUUUAGUUUUACUCUUGAAUCAGUCAUUUAUAAACUCUCUCAUUUAUAUUAUCUCAAAGAUGCUUAUCUUAUUUAUUAUAAAUAGAAUUGCUCUCUACUACUAGCAAGGUCCUACGUUUAAUUACUUAAUCUUGAUUCUUGCCCAAUUCUUUUACAUUGUGAUUGAUCACGGUCCUUUUUAUUAAUUUUACAUUUCCCCCUACAAAGUAAGUAAUAAUGAAAGGCUACUUUAUUCUUCAAGCAUUUUCUAAAUAAAUUCUCUCUACCAGCUUGUUGAUGUAACUUCUAUUUUUCUUAUGGAUUACUUUAUAACUGAUUUCGAUGCCAAUCAAAAAUUAUAGUAGAAUUAAACUGAUGAAGGUAAUAAUCUCUAGAUAAAAAUCUAAUUCUAUUUAAGAUUUAUUGCUUAUAUAAUAUUGGGAGUAUGUUAGCUAUGUUACCUUAUCAACAUUUCUCUUCGUUUGAUAUCUUUUUGUUCAAGAAAAUACAGGAUAUAUAGUUCUAAGCGCUCAAACCUUAAAAAAAUAGUUUAGAUUCUUUCUAAUAGCUCCUCUUUACAGUAUAUGUAUGCCAAUAUCUAAACAUAAGAUAUGUAAAUUUAGCAGGUAGGACACUAAAAUAGUUUAAUCUUUGGUAAUGAUGCUGUAAACAGCUAAGAUAUUUCUUCUCUUACUUUAAAUAGUUUAAAUAGCAUAUCAAAUUAAAAUAAAUAUAAUAAAAACUCAACUAGUUUAAACUAAUGCUUUAAAAUUAUAACAAGAAAAAAAUAUUUUGAAGGAGCUUAUAUAGAAAUUCAAUAGGAUUUUACCACAGUUAUUUUGUUAGAAAACAAUUGCAUAAUCUUAACUCCCUUAUACAAAAUAUGA